AUGGCAGAGGAAACUUUAGAAGAUAAGGAUUUGAUUACCUGUUCAAUCUGUCUGGACCUACUGAAGGAUCCAGUGACUACUGCCUGUGGACACAGUUACUGUAUGGACUGUAUUAAGGACUGCUGGGAUCAGGAUGAUCUGAAACGUGUCUACAGCUGUCCCUUGUGCAUGGAAAGAUUCACCCCAAAACCUGUCCUGAAGAAAAACAUAUUACUGGCUGAAUUAGUGGAGAAACAGAAGAAGACAGGACUCAGAGCUUCUCCUCCUGGUCUCUGUUAUGCUGGACCUGGAGAUGUGGAGUGUGACGUCUGCACUGGGAGAAAACUCAAAGCAAUCAAGUCCUGUCUGGUAUGUCUAGCCUCUUACUGUAAGACUCACCUCCAGCCUCACUAUGAAUCCCCUGCCUUUAAGAAGCACAAAAAGAAGCUUGUCGAAGCCUCCACACAACUACAGGAGAAGAUCUUCCCUCAUCAUGACAGUCUACUGGAUGAUCACUGCUGUACUCAUCAACAGUGUAUCUUUCUGCUGUUCGUGAUGGAUGAACAUAAAGGCCAUGAUACAGUUGCAGCAGAAAGGAGAAAGAAACAGCAGCAGAGGAGACCCGGCCAUCGCUAUGCAACCCAGGUCAUGAGGCCACAACAUUUUCAGUACAUGCAACUGACCAUGAAGCCCACCUUCCAGGCUGUAGCGCCUUGCAUGUUUUGCACUCAGCACACGGCCGGUUAUCAGCCGGUUCUGGCACCGUUCCAUCUGGGCCAGAUUGAAGCACCUGCGGUGGACGAAUGGUUUCGGCGCUCGGAAGAAACAUGGGACGCUGCCCAUGUGCGCCUGCAACAGGCCAUCAGGCGGCAGAAGGCGAGCGCCGACCGCCACCGCAGUGAGGCGGGUCUGGCUCUCAACCCGAAACCUACCCCUUCGCCUGCUAUGCCGGAAGAUGGUCCUGCGGUUUGUGGUGCCAUUUAA